AAAGUUGCAUGUGUGUGUGCAUUUAGCUAUUCAAUAUAAUGUUAUUUUUGCUUUAAAUAUAACAGAAAUCGAAUAUUAGGAUUUGUUAAACCUGCUCAUCAUUCACUACCCGCUAUGCCUACUUAUGAAUUAGCCCUGGUAUUCCGCCAGCUACCCCGGACGGAAUUGAUAUCGGUCAUCAAACGGACAGCUGAGGCAAUACUUGACAAGGGGGGCAUUAUACGGAAAUUAGAAAAUCUCGGCACCCGUGCCCUGCCCCACAAACUCAGCGAACAUGGAGUUGUGCACCGCACCGGAACACAUUUUACCAUCGCCUUUGAUUCGGCGCCCACUCAAAUAUCCGAUCUGAAGGAAGAAUUCGGACGUGACAUUGAUAUUGUGCGCAGAUAUGUCUUUAAAGUGGAGGAACCUCUGGAUCACAAAUGCACACUGCAUGAGGAAUUGUUACCGCCAGCCUAUCGUAAGGAUGUUCAGGAGCUAAUUGACAUAGCCAAACGGAAACAGAAGCCCAAAUACAAUUAUAAUUCAGGGCUGGACUACUAUCCGUUCCAGAAAUAAAUCACAAAUACUUAUAAAAAAAGAGAGGAUGAAUAAAAAUGUUAUUAUUAUUAUUAAA